CCCAGAGGAAAAAGGGGUGAUUUUCUGUGUAAAUCUAGACUGUAAUUCUGUAAUAUAUCAUUGGACCUCGUAAAACCGACACUAAAACUUCUUGGCAUAUAAAUCACUUCUCAAAUUAUGAGUUCAUUGUAUUAUGCGAACGCGUUGUUUUCCAAAUACCAAGUGGCGAGUUCAGCCUUCUCUUCAGGCGUGUUUCCCGAGCAAACUUCUUGCGCCUUUUCUUGCAACUCGCAGCGGGCCAGCGGCUACGGCUCGGCUUCUACCGGUGCACCGGUCUCCUCUACAUCUUCUGUCUCCCUGUCGAGCAUGUACACGAACGGUGCUAGCCUUUCCAGCCAGACUCAAGGCAUUUAUCCCACUGCGUAUGAGCUGGGAGCUGUUUCGUUGAACAUGCACAGCUCUCUGUUUGACCAUUCGAGUCUAGCUAUGGUGAACGCUGGCGAUCUCUGUAAAGCGCAAAGCAGUGGUAAAGAGGAGCAGAGGGGCUACCAUCAAAACAACGAAAACAAUCUCCGAAUCUAUCCGUGGAUGAGGAGCACAGGUGCAGACCGGAAAAGAGGCCGUCAGACAUAUUCCCGCUUUCAAACAUUAGAGUUGGAGAAAGAGUUUCACUUCAACCGUUACCUUUCACGACGGCGGCGUAUUGAGAUUGCACACGCCCUGUGCUUGACCGAACGCCAGAUAAAAAUCUGGUUUCAAAAUAGAAGGAUGAAAUGGAAGAAAGAGAACAAAUCAAUGGGCCACUGCUCUCCUGCUGCUGACCAAAUCGGGGGCGACGAGGAAGAGGAAGAUGAUGAAUAGCCACGCAGGUGGAAAACAUAAAAAUAGACUUUACUAGACUAUGCUAUCGAUUCAACCUGAGUUGGAAAAAAUACAUGCUACUUAUAAUAUUGUAGGUAAAAUGUCACUGUCGUCUACCUAUGUAACUUGUGUUAAAGGUGUUAAUGUGUUACAUUUUACAUUUACAUUUAGUCAUUUAGCAGACGCUUUUAUCCAAAGCGACUUACAAAUGAGAUUAGACUAUACUAUAGUAAAUAGUAAUACAAGUAAUUUUAAAACGCAUUUUAAUAUAGUUGUAUAUGUUUAAUACUCAUACUGUAUAUGUAUCUUAAAUUAUACAUAUGAUUAAUAUUAGUGUUAAUAAUACUGGAUCAUAUAUUUCAUAUAUUUGUGACCUGUUACGAUCGGCCUAGUCACUGUGGGGUCAGACACAGAAGAGAGCAGGCUAUUUUUAAUGAUUUCAUAUUUUGAUAUAUCCCUAUUCUGUAUCUAUGUGUAAAUUUCUGUCUGCUU